UCAACUCCGUUGUAGUCUGUAGAAUCGCGCAAAAUAAUGAGCUGAUUACACAAUUAACAGUUAAUUUAUAAUGGAAAUACAAGUUAAUGCGAAUUCGUACGUUGUACCUCAUGCCAGUAGUGAGUUGGAUCGAUAAGUUGACGCGCGAAAAUGGGUGAAUAAAUUGUUCAAAAAAAUUCCGUGUUUGUGUCACAACAAAAAUGAAUUUCUCGAAGAGAGUGCGCACUAGAAUUGUUUGGAUUCCUGUAAGGAAGUAUCAGAACAUAGAAUUGGCGGAAUAUUCGCUUAGUAACGAAGGUAUGUGGAUCAGGAUCGCGGAAUUAGUAAACCACGCAGGUCUAAAGCGUUAUUAUAAAUGUAAAGAUGUCAAUGACACAGGAGAAUCGUGCGGAGCCAAACUGUGCGUUGUUAUAGACAGUGACACGAAAGAAGUUACUUUAUACAAAUCCGACAAACACAAUCAUACAAACGAAAAAACAGAGAUCGCUAAAAUUAAAACACCAGUAAAGGAAUUCAUACGAAAUUUACAAGCCCAAAACUUGAAUGCAAAGGACAUUUACAAGAGAUUAAUGGAGCGGAACGAUUUAAAGAUUCCCACUUACAAUCAAGUGGUGCUGUAUAUUGAUGUUUUGCAACGAGAGAUCAAGGAUGUUGUUAUCGACUUGAGAAUGUUGGAGAAUUGGCUACAAACACACUCUACCACACUGAAGGAGGAGCACAAAGCUUUUGUUAUUUCACAUCAAGUAUUACACAACAAAAACACUUUUUACGCUGUGAUCUCAACAAAGCAUCUCUUCAAAUUGGCAGUCGAUGCUGAAGUAUAUCAUUUGGCUACGAUGCAGAAAUUAGCUUGGAGUAAUCUUCCAGCUUUCGUUUUAGGGGCAACAGAUAAGAAAGGAAAGUUUCAUGCAAUAUGCAUAAUUUUAUGUGGAUCAUUAAAUUAUUAUACUUUUAAAUUAAUUUUUUUCAACAUGAGGACAAAGGUUAAAGAAUUAUUUUGCAAAGAAAUGAGGCCUGUUGUAAUUGUAUCCGAUUCUGAGGCUGUUCAAGACGCUUUUGCUGAUGUCUUCCAGGUGAAAACUAGAACAUGUUGGAGGUAUGCACAGAAACAAAUCGUCAAUCAAUUAAAAUGGUCCAUAAGAUCACCGAGACAACUUAUGAAGGACUUGAAUUUACUAAGAUCUGUGACCUGUCCAAGUAUCUUUGAUGCAGCUUCUGAACUUUUCUUAGAGAAAUACGAUCAUUUAACAACAUUCAUAGCUUAUUUUAAGGAGAAAUGGUUGGUCAAUGACCGUAAAUGGUUCUUAGGGGCAGCUCGACCAUCGAUACAGACCAAUUUUGCAUUGCUCAAGUAUAUAAAACAGAUAAAAGAUACUUACGAUGAGAAGUUAUGUUUGAGUUUACAGCUACCACAUUUUUUAGAUGUUCUUAUAAAUGUCAUAAAUGAAAUAUCAACAGGGUAUGCUGCUGAUAAAGAUAUAUUUGUGAAAACACCAGAAGUAACGAAAAAAGACUGGAUCAUUGGUACUGAAUGGGUCAAAGGAGCUAAAACGAACAUUUUGCUUGUUGAUGAUAACUACACACAUUAUGAAGUCACAAAUGGAGUGCAGAUAGAUGAUGAUGAUGAUGACAACAAGUGGGUCAGUUUUGAUGUUUUUAUCAAGAGACAUUUUAGUGAGAGUCGUGUUUCAAUACCGCUAAAUAAACAGCUGUGGUAUUUGAGUAAAUGUAACUGCCCUACAUUUUACAAAACAUAUAAAUGCAAACACAUUAUCGGUUUAUCAAUGAUGACAUGGCCACAAUUUAAUGAAGACAGUAUUUAGAUGGAACAUAAUGUCAAUAUUUUAUAAUAAACUUAUUUAUUUAUUUAUAUAAUGAAACUUUUUUCAAGUGAUAAAAUAACAAUUUUUUUUAUUAGAGUAAUCAUUGAAAUUU